AUGAAUGCUGCUGAAAGAAAUACUAAUUCAGAACCUUCCUCUACUGAAGUUCUAGAGUAUAUUAAGAAUUCUGACCUUCAUGAUCUAGGUUAUAGUGGAAAUAUGUUUACAUGGACUAGUAAUAGUCAUGGUACAGGAAAAAUCAAAUCUAGACUAGAUAGAUCUCUAGUUAAUAGUGAGUGGAUGUUGUCUUAUCCUAAUGAUGCACUUUUCCAUCUACUAUUAAAGCUUUCUAUCAUGCUCCCAUCUUUUUAUCCAUGUUCUGCAGCUUUUCUUUUAACUGAAAAACUCUCAAAUACAAGAUGUAUUCUUUCUAGAUGGAGUAAGGAAACAUUUGGUAACAUACAUGCUAAGAUUACUUUACUUCAAGAAGAUCUGCAACAACUUCAAGCCUCGGAUAUACAAGGCAGCAAUACUGAGAAAGUUAAAAAGCUGGAAAUUGAGAUAUAUAAUCUUAAUGAGAUUCAAGCCAGUUCAAAUAUGCAGAAAUCAAGAGAUCAUUUUUAUAAUGUUAUGGACAGAAACUCCAAAUACUUUCAUAUAAGAGUUAAUCGUAGAAGAGCCAGAAACAAGAUAGACUCUCUACUAGCUCCAGAUGGUUCUUGGUGUCUAGAUAGAGCUUCUAUAGAGAAUCAUAUUCCUUCCUGCAUUACAGAACAAGAUAAUGAGAAGCUUACUAAGAUUCCAGAUGAUGUUGAAAUAUAUGAUGCUCUUAUGUCAAUGCAACCUUGGACUAGCCCAGGGCCUGAUAGAUUCCCACCAGGCUUUUAUCAAACUCAGUAG